GUCGUCCUCCACUCCUCCGGCGGCAAGCAUUCAAUAACUUCGCGUUCUCUAGUCGUGCACGCCGGCCCCAUAUCUUCCUCUGGUUCUCACACGACUACUCCCAAUUCAUAACUAGUUACGAGCACUGUCCUCGACAUGCCUGUGGACAGAACCAGACAGAGGUACAACGCCAAAGCCCGUCAGUCCACAGUUGGUGGCUCAUCACAUAAGAAGAAAGGAAAGCGCAAGGCAAAGGACACGCAGGAUCAUGACGUGCAGGAGGAGAACCCCAAUGCAGAGAUCGUCGUGCCCAAGAGCUCUGAGCAGAAGGAGCUUGACCGCAAGGAAAAGCUGAGGCAAGAGCUGUUUGAUCAGCAGAAUUCGAAAGCGAGCAGUAAGAAGAAGAAGAGACUCGAGAAGUACAUCGACAAAAAACUCAAGCAAGAUGAGCGUGUAGAGAUAUUUGAAAAGCUAUCUAAGAGUCAAGCGCAACUGUCAACCACGCUCCAAUUGCAGUCCUCUGCUACUCUAGGCACGGGCAAGGCAUCCACGCACAAGGACAUGCUCGACAAACAGGAAGACAAAGAGGUUCGACGGGCUUUGGACGGCAUGACGCGCAAAGGCAAACGCGGGCAGGGAAAACAGAACAUCCUUACCUCAUACGACGCCGAGUCUGAAGGAGAGGACAGCAUGCGGGUGGAUGGCGAGCCGGCUAAUCAGGACACAGAGGGCGAUGUCGGGACCUCGAGGGCGAACCCAGUCGUGAUUGUAGACUCUGGGUUCUCGACAGCCAAGUUGUCCCCGGGCGAGACCCCUGCAGCUGUCGCCCAUGCGGUGCAGGUGGGCUCCGCACUCAAGCGAACCGCGGAUGGCUCCGCCGUUGCACCGAAGAUCUCGAAGAGAAAGCCGAAAGGCUCUAAGACCGCUUUCGCGUCAUGGAAGACCAAGGGAUCCGUGCCUGAAGCUACCAACGACGAUUCGGACACCUCCUUCGACAGUUCCGACUCCGCGUACGACCCAAACGAAAGCGACGAUGGCGAAGAUGUGCAAAGUCAGGCUGACGGAGAUCAAGACGGUGCCUCGGAAUGGUCAGGCAUCCACGACUCCGCCGAGUCAUCAGGCGCAGAGGAGAACGACCCAGAAGGCGACGCGUCUCAGUCCGAUGGCGAGGACUCUGGCGAUGGCAGUACCGCCGAUGCAUCGCAAGAGGAACCUGCCCCGCCUGCGAAACGCAAACUCGGCUUCAAGGAAUGGGCCUUACAACAACUCAGCAGUGUAAAGGACUACGUCGCGCCCGUAGCUGCACCUUCCGAGUCCGCAACCCUGCCAACCACACCCGACACCGAUUCGUUACCACCGCCCGCCAAGAAACGCAAAACCGGGCCUCCACCGACGGACGGUCUCCUCCGCGGCCCACUCGGCGAGAACCUACAACUCCCCGCGACUACCUUCUCCAAGGCCGUGCAGCAAUCUGCUGAGGUGUCGAAGGAGCGCGGGAGUGCGUUGCCGCGGAAGGUCGUGGAGGUGACGCGGGCGCCGGAGGUGCAGGAGAGCAGGCUCAUGCUCCCGAUCGUGGCGGAGGAGCAGCCGAUCAUGGAGGCGAUCUUGUUGAAUAGCGUGGUCGUGAUCUGUGGAGAGACGGGUAGCGGGAAGACGACGCAGGUGCCGCAGUUCUUGUAUGAAGCUGGGUUUGGGUCGCCCGGGAGUGAUAACCCAGGCAUGAUCGGUGUCACUCAGCCCCGUCGAGUCGCCGCGAUGUCCAUGGCGUCACGCGUCGCACACGAACUCGCGCUGCCGCCCUCGCGCGUGUCGUACCAGAUCCGGUACGACGCCACGGUCGCGCCGACCACGUCCGUCAAGUUCAUGACGGACGGUGUCCUCCUGCGUGAGCUCGCGGCGGACUUCCUGCUCAGGAAGUACUCGGUCAUCAUCAUUGAUGAGGCGCACGAGCGGAGCAUGAACACGGACAUCCUCAUAGGCGUGCUGAGUCGCGUGGUCAAGCUCAGGGAGGAAAUGUGGAGGGAAGGUAAGGACGGCGCCAAGCCCCUGCGGUUGAUCAUCAUGUCCGCUACCCUCCGUGUUUCCGACUUCGCCGAGAACAAGACCCUCUUCUCCACGCCCCCUCCUAUCAUCCACAUCCCCGCACGCCAGCACCCCGUCACAGUGCACUUCAGCCGACGCACCGCGUCCGACUAUGUCUCGGAGGCCGUCAAGAAGGCCAGCAAGAUCCACGCGCGUCUCCCGCCCGGCGGGAUCCUCAUCUUCUUGACGGGCCAGAACGAGAUAUCAGGUGUCUGCAGGAAGCUGGAGGCGCGGUACGGCGCGAAUGCCUUGGAAGCGCGGAGGAAGAUGAGGGCAGCGAAGGCGAGGACGCAGGAGCGAGAGCCGCGGGAGGAGGGCUUUAAGAGCACCGUGGUGGCACCUGCACAAGCCGACGUCGAGGCGGAAGAUCUUGACCUCGGAGAACAAGAAGCUCUGGCUCUCGACGUAGAUGGUGAAGGCGGUCCUAUCGACGACGAUCCAGAGGCGCUCGAUAGCGACGACGACGAAGAUGAGAAGUUGGGCAUAGACACGGAAGAGUCUGACGUACCCAUGCACAUUGUCCCGUUGUAUGCGUUGCUCCCCAGCGAAAAGCAGAUGCAGGUCUUCAAACCACCACCUCCAGGACAUCGCCUCGUCGUGGUCUCCACGAACGUCGCGGAGACAUCCCUGACUAUCCCUGACAUACGAUACGUUGUAGACAGUGGAAGGGCCAAGGAGAGACGAUACGACGUGGCGAACGGAGUACAAGCGUUCCAAGUAAGCUGGAUCUCGAAGGCAUCCGCUGCCCAGCGAGCAGGUCGUGCGGGCCGAACGGGGCCUGGCCACUGCUACCGUCUCUACUCCUCGGCACUGUUCGAACACUACUUCGAGCAAUUCGCGCAACCCGAGAUCCUGCGUGUGCCCAUCGAAGGUGUAGUGCUGCAGAUGAAGAGCAUGAACAUCGACGCUGUGGUCAACUUCCCCUUCCCGACGCCUCCGGAUCGGACUAGCCUGCGCAAGGCAGAAACCGUGCUGACCUACCUUGGCGCGCUCGCACCGCCGCCGGGAGGUUCACUGAUCUUAGGAGGGGGCGUUACUGAGAUUGGGAAGGCGAUGUCGCUGUUCCCUCUGUCGCCGCGGUACUCGAGAAUGUUAGUCAGUGGACGGCAGCACGGAUGCCUCCCGUAUGUCAUUACGGUCGUCUCUAUCUUGUCGGUUGGCGAUCCCUUCCUGCGCGAAGAAGUUGUGGGGAACGCCGGGGACGAAUCUGAGGAUGAAGCUGAUGAGGAGUUGUCGCAUCUCACCAGCGAGGCGGCCAAAGCGAAGGAGGCGCGCCGCUUGCGCCGACGGGCGUACUUCCGGUCACAGCAGACUCAUACAUCCCUUGGGAACUCGAGUAGCGAUGUCUUCAAGAUGUUGUCCGUCGUAGGUGCUUAUGAGUACGCUGGUGGUGGCCAUUCGUUCUGCUCCGAGCAUUUCGUAAGACCCAAGGCAAUGGAGGAGAUACACAAGCUUCGUGCUCAAAUUAGCAGCAUUGUCCAGACAAACUUCCCUGAGCUGGAGACCGGAUUCGUAGCGAACCUCAAGCCGCCAAGUGCGCUUCAGCUCAAGGUGCUCCGGCAGCUACUCACUGCCGGGUUCAUCGACCAGGUCGCUGUCCGCAAAGAUCUAAUGGACAAAGGCUCUGCCUCUGGAGACAAGUUCACAACGUCGAAGGGUGUUCCAUACCGAGCCAUGGGCAUCGCUGACGAUGUCUAUAUUCAUCCAUCUUCGGUGUUGUACAGCAACUCCCCACCAGACUACGUCGUCUUCCUUGAAGUAGUUCAGACGAGUCGCAUCUGGAUGAAGGGUCUAACGGUGGUCAACGGUGCUUGGCUAUCCAGUUUGGGCAAGUCACUCUGCACAUUUUCUAAACCUAUCAAGACAAAAGAUGGGCGCACUGUGGUCAUCCCACACUUCGGACCCGCAGGAUGGGAGUUACCUCCGAUUGAGUCUCAUUAAUAUUAUGUCUAAUUGUGAUACGGUGCUAUACGGAUUGAACGGAGACAUCAUGCGACGAUAGCGAUAAUAAGUUAAUGCGCCGGAGAACCCGAGUGAUUAAUGCAGUGGUAGAUGGGUGAGUCUAUGCAAGAUGAAGAUGAUGUGAAUAGUAUAUCACGAGACGUCAGGUCUAUGGACCGCGCUGUGACUACGUCAGUCCUCGCCGAGUCAAGGUUCGCAAGGUCGCUCACUUUGUUUCUGGGUAUGAACAGAC